AUGACUGUGCGCCAGUAUGCUACAAGGUUUACAGAAUUAUCACGUUUUGCUGCAUACUUGAUUCCCGAUGAGGAGAAAAAGACUAGGAAGUUUGAAGAAGGUUUGAACUACAGGAUCUAUGAGCGGGUGAUGGUCUUACAGAUUCAGAAAUUUUCAGAAUUAGUACACAAGGCGACGCUAGUUGAACAUAAUCUGAAGAGGGGUGCUGAAUUGCAAGAACAGAGGAAGAGAGCUACUCCACAAGGGUUUCCUAGUUCGGAUCAAGGGCAAUGGAAAAAGAGAAAUGAGGGGAGCAGUUCGAGUCAGAGACAGAUGCAGGGAAAUCUUACACCUAACCCCUGUAAGUUUUGUAACCGCAUACACUGUGGGGAGUGCAGGAAGGAAGUGGGAUCAUGUUUCAAAUGCGGUAAAGAUGGGCAUUUCAUUAGAGAAUGUCCAUUGCUUGCGGAGAACAACAGAAGGCCAAACCCACCCCAAAACUUUAGGCCGAAUAGUCAACGCAAUAAUCAGCGGAGGACGGUACCUGCUCGGGUGUUUGCGUUGACACCGGGAGAAGCUGAGGACAAGAAGGAUGUCAUCACAGGUAUAAUUCUCUAA